GCAGUAUAACAAGAUGAGGGAGAUUCCAUAUGGUUUUUUCGAUAUGUUGAAGGAUAUACAACGAGUGAGUCUCGACACAAAUCUGAUGUGUUGUCAUAUGCACAAGGAGGACGCUGACUGUGCUUUCACGUACAACGACGACUUUGCCAACUGUGAGAGCAUGUUUAAGAAUUCUGCCCCAAGGAAGAGUAUCUGGGUGAUAGGAGUAUUUUCUCUGGUUGGUGCAGUGUUUGUUGUCACUUGGCGAGUGAUCUUUAAAGAAAAGAACGUGGUUCAGUCCAUCAUGUUGCUCCACUUAGCAGUGUCCGAUGGUUUGAUGGGUAUUUACCUGAUCUCUCUUGGCACUAAAGAUCUGUUGUGGAGAGGAGAGUAUUACUUGCAUGACUUCCAGUGGAGGUCUGGUUUGUCUUGUCAAAUAAUUGGAGCGAUCUCCCUUCUGUCAAGUGAGGUUUCGGUUAUGAUGAUGACACUGAUAUCUGCUGAUCGGCUUAAAAAUAUUGUGUUUCCUUACCAAGGUGCUUCUCUGAAACCAAAGGCAACACAUAUCCUGUGCAUCAUCAUAUGGGCAAUUGGCUUCCUUAUGGCCUUUUUGCCUAUGUUUGGUAUUCAGUAUUUUGAAGACCCAUUCAGGUACCAUAGUUACUAUGGUAGAAGUGUGGUAUGUCUGCCCUUGCAGCUUACUUCUGAUAAGCCGGCAGGUUGGGAGUAUUCUGUUGCUAUCUUUCUCGCUUUGAAUUUUGCUUUUUUCUUGUUCAUCAUGGGUGCUUAUCUCAUGAUACUAGUCAAGUCUUACUUGUCUAGCCGGCGACUGGCCCGUCAGGGUACUGAAAGAGAGAUCCAGGCCAGAAGAGCAAACUUUAGGAGGGAAACGGCUCUUGCAAGGCGGGUGUUCUUCAUCAUCCUGAGUGAUUGUGUGUGCUGGAUGCCGGUGAUAGUGAUUGGUAUGAGGACCAUCAUCGAGAAGUCUUACGAAGCGCAAGGAGACCUCGCUGUCUGGAUCGCUGUAUUUGCCCUUCCGAUCAACUCGGCCUUGAAUCCUAUCCUGUACACCUUGUCAACAGAACAGGCCAGAGGCAUUCUGAAGAACAAAAUGGAAAAAGUCUGGAACUACUUGAAGACCGUUUUCACCUGCUGUGGUCGGGAUCAGGAAGGCCAAGGAGAUGGGGAACAACCGAACCAACCGGGAGCAGAAGACAAUGGACAACAUGGCGGCGAGGGAGGCCAAGGAGAGGGAGAGCAAGUUAACCAGCACGGAAUGGAAGAAAAUGGAGAACAUGGGGGCGAGGGAGGACAAAUUGAGGGUGAAGAUAUCGAAUUGGCGAGUGUUGGUGUGCAUCAUCCACAACAGGGCCAAGGAGAUGGAGAACAACGGAACCCACAGGGCAUGGAAGACAUUGAACAACAUGGCGGCUUGAGAGGAGUACUUGAUGAAGCCGAAAGAAUCGAACCGGCACCUAUUGAGAAUACUGAUCUAAAUCAAGGAAAACGGAACAAGAGUUUGAAAAAAGGGGACGGUAAAUUCAGGCAUUCCACCGCAAAGAAAAAAAGGGAAAAAUCAAGAUCAAUGCGUCAAAAGUCACCUUCGGCUACCGAAGCUGUCGAUGAAGAACACACUUUUGAAGAGGACACAAAACUGUAG